AUGAAUGUGGAGAUUCAGAUUCCAGUAAUACUAGGGCAUCCCUUUUUAGCUACAGCUAAUGCCCUAAUCAACUGUAGGACUAGAGUCAUGAAGUUAUCUUUCAAGAACAUGACAGUGGAGCUAAAUAUUUUUGAUAUCAGCAGGCAACCAUUUGACUAUGAAGGGGUCAGAAAUGCAUGCGCAAUAGAAGAGAUAGUUGAAGAGAUUGUCAACAAGCCAAUUGUUGAAGACCAGUUGGGAACGUGCCUUACUACAUUUGGAGGCGACAUGGACCUGGAAACAUUACUUGAGCAAGCUGACACCUUGUUGGACUCAACUCCUGAGACAGAAACUGACAAUGGGGGAACCACUGAGACAUCAUCCCCUGAUCCAUCUCCAUCAGCAGUUGAGCCUGCCAAGCGGGAAUUGAAGCCUCUGCUUGACACUCUGAAGUACAAAUAUCUUGACCCGUCUGAAUCUCUACCGGUGAUCAUAGCCGCUGACCUAAAUGAGACUCAAGAACAGAAAUUGCUGGAUGUGUUGAAAGAACAUAAAGAAGCCAUCGGUUGGUCCAUUGGAGCCAUAAAAGGAAUCAGCCCUGCAAUGGUGAUGCACAAGAUUCACCUGGAAGAAAAUGCUAAACCUUCUCGUGAGCCACAGAGACGGUUAAAUCCAGCCAUGCAAGAGGUAGUUCGAGCUGAGGUGAUCAAACUUUUGGAUGCGGGAAUCAUAUACCCAAUAUCUGACAGCAAAUGGGUGAAUGGCCCCUUUGAUUUCAAUGAAGAGUGCCAUGCAUCCUUUGAAAUUCUGAAGAAGGCCUUAACUUCCACACCAAUCAUUCAGCCACCUAAUUGGACUGUGCCAUUCGAGAUCAUGUGUGAUGCUUCUGAUUAUGUGGUGGGAGCUGUGUUGGGGCAAAGAGUGGAGAAGCUUCCCCAUGUCAUCUACUAUGCUAAAUUUGACAUUAAGAUUAGGGAUAAAAAGGGUUCCAAGAAUGUGGUAGCAGACCAUUUGUCCAGGCUAACUGUAGACUUCACUGAAGAUGUUGUGCCCAUUGCUGAGACGUUCCUCGAUAAACAACUGAUGAACAUCUCCCAGACUCAUGCACCAUGGUUCGCAGAUAUUGUGAACUAUCUUGUCACAGGCCAGAUGCACUCUCAUUGGACCAGGCACGACAGAUCAAAAUUCUUGGCUAAGGUAAAACAUUUUUUUUGGGAUGAUCCUUACCUGUUUAAAUAUUGCCCAGAUCAGAUUAUAAGGAGAUGUAUUCUUAAGAGUGACCAGCAAAAUGUCCUCUCCUUUUGCCAUGAUCAUGCAUUUGACUAUGUUUCCAAGUGGGUGGAGGCUAUUGCUUGCAAAACCAAUGAUCAUAAAGUUGUGCUGCAAUUUUUGAAGGAUAAUGUGUUUGCACGUUUCGGGACACCACGUGCUAUUAUCAGUGAUGGGGGGAAGCACGUCUGCAAUAAAUUUUUUGAGCAACUCAUGAAGAAGUAUGGUAUCACUCAUAAAGUUGCAACUCCCUACCAUCCUCGGACAAGUGGUCAAGUUGAGCUAUCUAACAGAGAAAUCAAGAGGAUACUAGAGAAGACGGUGAACCCGACAAGAAAGGAUUGGUUUCUGUGA